UUUAACGGUUAUUUAAAAAUUAAUUGUUACUAAAAACAUGAUGUUUAUUGAUCGGGAAACUGGCGAAAGUUUAGAAGAUACUUUCAUCGAAAGACCACCAACAAUUGACAAUUUAAAUGCAAACAACGCAGAAACUGGAGAGCCUGAAAUUAUUUUUAUGCGCAGCUCCGAACGUCGAGUACCUUUCCAGAUACCAAAAGAAUUUAAGAAAAACUUUGCAGCAGAAGACGAUAUCAAAUUUAUUGAUAAAAAUCGUCGAAAUGUAAUUCCCUUUACUGAAGGAACAUGUUUUGGUCAAAUAAAUCCUAUUUUUCUGUUUCUACCUGCAAUUUUUUACUUUAGAUGGUUUGCAGCUAUCCUGAUUCUAUUCGAAGUCAUUAUUCAUCGUUGGACUCAUGUUAAAAAUAAAAAUCUUAAAAAUGUUAAUAUUUAUUAUCGUUCACCAUUCUAUGGAAUUACUUCAGAAUUUUGUGCUCUAUGUCAACAUGAAACGCGUAUGGAUCGAGUGGGAAAAAUGCAGGAAAUUAGAAUGCAUAAAUUUUUAAAACAAUGUCAUUAUAUGAAAAGAGCUGUAACAUAAAAUAACUUUUAAAUAGUUAACUAAUUAUUUGUCUAUUGUAAUUAUUACUUAUUCAAAAAAAAUGGGAUCAAAUUAUUUUUUUAAGAUAUUUAUGCUACUUCUUACGUACUUGUUAUCUACUUAAUAUUA